UUUUCAAUUUCAGAAUAUCUACAUACGUAAAUAUAGAGCUGUCUUUCCGUUUUCACGACAUUAAUUUAUUCUGGAUUCAUUACAUAUAUUUGAUUGACAGAGAGAAGAAGCGGCAUCAGGAUUAACAUAAGAAAAUCACUGCAUUAAUUAUAAAGUGUGUUUUAUUUUAUAUAUUAUUUUAUAUAUCAUGGUUCGAGAAAAAUAUUUCAUUUUAAUAUUUUUCAGAAUGAUGCAAUUUAAUCCCUUGAAUGUUAUAAUGUUACUCUAUACAACUUUCAUUGCUCUUAACUUUCCACAAAGUCCGAUAACUCCAAAAGAAGUAGAAGUGAAGGAGAAGAUUGAAUAUUUGUUAAAAGAAAUAGAAAAUGAGGAAUUUGAAAUAUAAGAGGAAGAAACUUUAGAUUUUUACAAUACAUAUGAAGUUCCAGAAGCGGAAAAUAUUGAUUUAUUAGAGAAAAAUGAAAGAAAAGAAUAUCUCCCGGAAGAAGUUAUUUGUAGCUCCGUUGAAGCAGGAAUAUCAAAUGAUUAUAAAAGGCAAGCUGUGAAAUACUGGAAGAGCGGUAAAACAGGAGCAAGAUCGCUUGAAGGAGUUAAAAGAAGAUACAGAAAAGUAACAUCGAUGCGACAAUUACGACGAUGGAAGGACCAAAUCAGUGCAGGUAGCAGCAAAGAUGAAAAAUUAAAAAGAAUUUCUGAAUAUAUAACAAACCGUUUUAAUGAAGCGUUUGAAAAUAGAAUAAUUAUUCAUGACAUUGACAUUGCUCGAUGGGCUUCUCGAGCACAAGAAGAGAAAAAUGUGGUAGGAUUCAAAGCUUCCGAAACGUGGGUAAAAAGAUUCAAAACUUUAUAUGAUAUCGUCUCUCGAAAAAUAACCAAAUUUGUAACAAAAAAAUCAUUGUUAUCGAAAACAGAUUUAGAAGAUAAGUGUAAUACAUUUAUUGAAAAUGUAAAAUAUUAUAUUGAACGAUACGGCGUAGACAAUGUUUAUAAUUCGGAUCAGAGUGGAUUCCAACUUGAAUUUCACUCUGGUCGUACUUUAUCCCAAAAAGGUCUAAAAAAUAUAGAAGCUGUAAUACAAUCUACAUCAGCAACCAUACACAGUUAUACUAUACAGCCGACUAUUUCUGCAGAUGGUAAAAAAUCUAAGAAAAUAAAGUUGUCUGAUCCAAGAAUCAGUACCAAAGAUGAUACAUCUAACAAUAAUGACUUUUUAUCUAGUAAAAAUAUAUGUCAAUUCAGGCAGUUGGAUAAUUCCAAUAUAGAAUCAGAUGCAGAUUCUGUUUCAGAAGUCUCGUCAUUAUCAAUUAAUUUAAAUAAAUGUCGACAACCACUAAUUAACGAAAGUUUUUCGAAAAUUAAAUCAAUUUCAGAUAGAGGAACAAAAACACAUAAAGUAACCAAUGAACUGUUAUACAUGAUUUAUAAAGACAAUAUGCCAUUAAAUACUACUGAAAAAGUAGGAUACAGACAUUUUGUACAAAGUAUAGAGCCACUGUAUAAAAUUCCAGGAAGAAAGCAAUAACGUCUAUGAUAGAUGACAAAUACAGUACCAGCCAAAAAUUUAUCACCUUCAGGGUUUUUGACCAUAACUUCUUUCACAGUAAAGAAAAUAAAUUCAAAUUUUUACAGCAGAUAGCUGGUAUCAUGUACACUGUGUGUAAUGUAUGAGUAAAUUUGACAUCAUAUACUAUGAUUUUCAAAGUUAUUUAUUGAUUGUCCCAAAAUCAUCCGUUGACAACCUUUGUGUACUCGUUAUGUUUAUGUAUUCUAUCGCUACUUCUACACCGCUGUAAACAUUCGUUUAGUAUCUUAGAAGAUGGCGAAGAGUCGUGGUGUUCGAAAUGUGGACGAACGACAACGGAAAUGCGGGAGUUCCCCUAACUCCCCUCACAACGGUCCGAAUGGUAGACAUCCCGCAGGGGUUUUAGUCAGUAGGAGUCUGACAUAGGAGGAGUCUGACAUAGGAGGAGUCUGACCCUGGGGGGGUCGGGGGUAUCCAUGAUGGAUUUCCCCUGCGUUACCAAAAAAAAAAAAGAGGCAUUAAUAGACAUAACUGCCAUUAUUAUUCAGAUGCUAAUGCACAUUGGCAGAGAAGCCAAGAGUUCCAACGGCAGUGGUCCAUUAACGUUUGGGCAAGCAUCCUGGGAGAUAUUAUUGUUGGUCCAUAUUUUUUUGAAGAAAAUCUCAAUGCGACAAUCUAUCUAAGAUUUCUUC